UUCACUUUGCCUAGUCCAUUCUCAUAAUAGCCUAUAGCCUACUGAAAGGACAACAGCUAUCCGGGACUACAAGCCUCUUAGAAAGUUUGUUUCGGCUACUUUUGUCAGUUUGGAGUAAUGACUGACUUUUUUUUUUAUGAUAGCCAGUCGUAACCAAACACAACUUUUACGCUUGUCAAAGAAACUUCAGUGACGCGCAAAGAACUGCGGGAUAACACACGGAUUGAUUCUUUGUUGGCUGGGGGAAAGACAGAAAGAUGCCACUACUGUGGGUCUGGGCGCUCCUUCUCUUCUCCAAGGUGGCUGUGGGCGAUAUCUGUGCCAGCCAGAGGUACACAGAUGCUGGCGAGUGCUGCAAGGUGUGCCCCCCUGGAACGCGAGUGGCCGUCGAGUGUGGCAAAGACAACACGCAGUGCGUGCCAUGCGAGCAGGGUGUGACUUUCAGCUCGGAGGAGGACUCGCCGCAUUGCGUCACCUGUGCCAGGUGCCCGCGUGGUGCCCCCAGGAUAGAGACGUGCACCGUCACCGCAGACACGGUGUGCGACUGUGGCCCCACCGCCUACCUGUGGCGGGAGGGCGACAACUACACGAUAGCCCUGUGCGCCGGGUGCUCGAGGUGCUCGCGUGGGCAGGGGGUGGCGCAGAAGUGCAGCAAGCACGAGGACACGGUGUGCGAGGAGUGCCCGGCGGGCAUCGCCUUCAACGAGGAGACGAAAUUGCACGGCAAGGCCUGCACACCGUGCACACAGUGCCAGCCUAACGAAGUGGAGAUCCGGGCCUGUGAGCCAAGUGCUGAUGCCAUCUGCAUGGACAAACAGCUCCACAUCAACACUCGGCCGGUGUUCGCCGACGGCACCCGCGCCCCCCCGGCGGGCACGAGUCCCCAGCCCCCCCAGGCGGGCGACCCCCGACUGACCCCCCGCGAGGAGGAGGAGCGCGGCGGCGGCGGCAGCAACAUCCUGGUGUACGUGUCCGUCCUGGCGGCCGUCGUCUUGGGCCUGCUGCUCUACGUGGCCUACAAAUGCUGGAGGUCUUGCCAGCAGAAGCAGGCCCUUGGGAAGGCCCGUGCGGCCGCCGAGCUCAACAACGCCCCCGAGGGAGAGAAGCUGCACAGUGACAGCGGCGUCUUCCUCGACUCCCACAGCCUCCAGGAUACGCAGCCCAGCAAAGGCAGCAAGAGGGACAGCAAGCAGGACGGCCGGCUGUACGUGAACCUGCCGCCGCAGCGCAAGGAGGAGGUGGAGCGGGCGCUGGCCGAGUCCGGGCCGGCGCGGGGGGCCGGCGGCUGGCGGGCGCUGGCCGAGGCGCUGGGCUACGAGCGGGAGCGCGCCGACGUGUUCGGGCGCGGCGAGGACCCGGCGCGCACGCUGCUCAGCGACUGGGCGCAGCAGGAGGGCGCCACGCUGGGGCUGCUCUGCUCGGCGCUGGCGCGCAUCGAGAGGCCCGACGUGGUCGCCACGCUCACCGGCCCCGCGCAGGGCGUGUCUGUGGUGUGAGCGAGGCACGGCAGGCGCCCGCCACGCCUUUUUGAAGGCUAGCCAUGGCCGGGCCCCGAAACACACACACACACACACACACACACACACACAGACAGACACACAAACACACACAUACACUCACACACACACACACACACACACACACACACACACACACACACACAUGAUCUCACACAGAGAUGGCCACAUGCCCUCACACAGAGCAAAUCAGACACACACACACUCACACACACACACACACACACACACACACACACUCACACACUCACACACACACACAAAAACACACUGACUCACACACACAAACACUAGACUCUUCGGUGGGGUCAACGACGCGCAGCCUUCAAAGAGACAUUUGUUUGCUCUUCAUGCCAAGAGCGGUGGUGGGUCCCCGCUGCCGUCUCCCAGCGUGGCAGCGGCCCGCAGCCCUGACUUGAACGCGAGAUGGACACCAGGUGCCUUUUCCUGUUUGUCACCGGCCCGGCUCCCGGCACCCAGCAGCCUGCUAUUUAUUCUCUGCCUCGUCUGGAGCAGAUUUAUGACCAGGACUGCCGAGCAAGGCAACAACAACACCAAAGAGUGAAUCGUCCCUACAGACGCUCCUUCCUUUGGGAAGUUAUGUAGCAAUGGUCCAAAGUGAAUCAUGUAAAAGCUUUAAAAGUUAAGCAUUCUGUGUUUUUUUUAUUUUUAUGCAUAAAUAUUCACAUUUGUUUUUAUACCUGUGUACAUAGUAUUAAUAAAUAAUUAACAACAAGAA